CUGACUCUCAGUAUUCAGUAUUAUACUGACACGCGCACCUAUAGCACGCAUCGCUUGCAAUAAUAAUACAAUUAUUAAAUAAUUAUUAUUUUUAUAAAUAAAUAAUAGUAAAGUCAUAAUUAUUGUUAUAAUUUAAUAGUAAAGUUUUCCUACGUUGUUGUGUGUGAUUUUAUAGUGUUUGAAGUUUGAAUAUUUUUAAUUUUGUCGCGAUGGUGCCGCGCCCGGUGUCGCCGAGUCCCGCGGAGCCGUUGGUGCCGCGGUUCUACGCGGGCCGCUCCAUCCUCAUCACCGGGGCCACUGGCUUCAUGGGGAAGGUGCUAGUAGAGCGCAUACUAGCGACGUGCCCCGACGUCGGCCGCCUGCACCUGCUGAUGCGCGACAAGAAGGGACACUCGCCGCAGAAGAGACUCGCUCAGCUCAAGCAGUCACAGGUGUUCGACAAGGUGCGCGCGCGCAACCACCGCCAGCUGGACAAGCUGUGCGUGGUGUCGGGAGACGUGUCCAAGCCGCAGCUGGGGAUGGAUGCUGACUCCAUCGCGCAGCUUCGAGAGGUGUCCAUCGUGUUCCACUCGGCCGCGACGCUGAAGUUCGACGAGCCGCUGCCGGUGGCCAUCGACCAGAACGUGCGCUCCGUGCAGCGACUGCUGGACAUCUGUGACCAGUUACCCAACAUGCAGGCCUUCAUCCACGUAUCGACAGCAUACAGCAACGCGGAGCUGGCGGUGGUGGAGGAGCGCGUGUACCCGGCGCCGGUGCCGCUGGCGCAGGCCUGCACCCUCGCCGAGACCCUGCCCGGAGACCUGCUGGGGCAGAUCAACACGCAGUAUAUCUCCCCGAAGCCCAACACGUACACGUUCACGAAGGCGCUGGCGGAGACGGUGGUGCAGGAGCACGGGAACCGAGGGUACCCCGUCGCCAUCUUCAGACCUUCCAUCGUAAUCUCAUCCCUCCGGCACCCGUUCCCCGGGUGGAUCGAGAACCUGAACGGCCCCAGCGGCGUGGUGGUGGCGGCGGGCAAGGGGCUGCUGCACGUGUUCUGCUGCCGGUCCGCCGCGCGCGCAGACAUGCUGCCUGUGGACAUGGCCAUCGACACGCUGCUCUGUGUCGCCUGGGAGACUGCUGUAGACCGCCCUGAGUCAGUCCGCGUGUACAACUGCAGCACGUGCGAGAACCCGACGACGUGGCGGCAGUUCGAGGCGGCGCUGCGCCACCACCUGCGCGGACACCCGCUCGACAACGCCUUCUGGUACCCCUGCGGGUUCACCGUCGAGAACAAAUUGACACAGAAGACGCUAGAGGCAGUGCUGCAGACCGCUCCUCUACAUGUCGCGGAGUAUAUCUCAAAGAUUCUGGGAAUAAAAACUAAAUUGAGUCUCAUAACAGUGAGUCAACGUCUCGUUGCUAUGAACGACGUGUUAAGAUUCUUCUCAGUGCGUGAGUGGCACUUUGUGACCGACAAUGUGCGCAAACUACACGCCAGGCUGACGCCGCAAGAUGCUGCCAUCUACAACUUGGAUCCACAAACUAUCAAUUGGGAUGAACAUUACUGCAACUUCGUAAAAGGAGCAAGAAAAUAUUUAUUACAAGAGAAAGACCAAGACAUCGAUGAGGCGAAGAAACAUUUGCGCAGGAUGUACUACUUACACCAAGGCGUCCUGUUCUUCGUGGUGACGCUGCUGUGCCGCCUGGCGCUGCAGAACCAGUACCUGCGCGCCUUCAUCUACCGCACCUUCAGGAUGCUGCUCACUGUCGCCGGCUCAGCUUACAUGCGUAUACGGCAGAGCUGAGGAUUGACUAUACUAUAUAUUAUUUAGAAACUCGUAUCUACACAUAUGUAUGUAUAGUAAAAUAAGUACAGUUUGAACAUUUUGUUGUAAUAGAUGAAAUUCAUACAUGUUAGAAUUAGAAGAAAAAGAUCUUGUAAUGUUUUUAUAAUACUUACCGCCAUACUCAGAGUCAUUUAAUGGUUAUUUAACCCAGUCCUUAGCAAUUGUUUUCGGAACAAAAUCGUUAGUAAGGAAUAGUUUAAGUAAUCAUUAAAUGUCUCUGAGUGCGACAGUUGGUAACAUUGUAAUACAACAGCAAUAGUAAUGUUGCAAUGAAAAUUGAAUGCUAAGUCUGUAAUAAUAAGGUUAAGAUUUUGAUACUAGUGAAUUAUAAAUGUGAUGAAAUCGUAAAUAUAAGAGAGACAAUGUUUAAGUAGUAGUAAUAUUAAUAUUGGUUGCUCAUUUAAUAAGAAUUUGCUCAAUCGAUGAUAUUAAUAUUUAGGAUUGUGUUGUGAUUGUAGUACUUAAUAGUUAGUAAGUAUUAUGUUUUGUAAUGUAAAUUUUAUUAAAGUGUACCGUAAGAACGGGUUUUUUGACCCUAUGGGGUAACUUUGACCCAAACUUUUAGACCAAUGAAAAACUAAUAUACGCUUUGUUCUGGAUUCCUAUUGGUUAUGGAAUUAUAGUAUCCCGAUUCCGGAUUAUAGAUGAACUUACCGAUAUACAUUUAUGGGCUUAUUUUGUUCCCAGGACUCUUGGAUAUAUAAAUCACUAAAAAUAAUAGGUACAACAAUGGUGCUAUCUUAUUUUAGUUUUUAUUUCGAUAUGAAUAAUUGAUUGUAAAUUAUGAUAAUAUUUUAGUACAUAUUUUCGAAUUUUUGAGUACUUAGGUUACAUAUUUACGGGUAACGGUGUCAUAACGAAGUCAAAUAAUGUAUUUUUUAAUAAUAAAUCUUAAGUUUUAGCCAAAUAAUUGUAUUUUACCUACAAUAAAGUAUUGUAUUUUUGUA